AUGAGCAUUUUGGUAACAGCGAUUAGAUCAGGCAAUUUAGAGGUGGUGAAGGAAAAAUUCGCCAGACCAGUAAGUUUUAUGACCAUGCAUUUUAAAUCACUUUGUUGUCUAUCUUCAGGAUUUAAGCAGCGGUAACGUUAUUUCGAAUGGCGGAUUUUAUUGUUACUGAGUUAAACAUUUAUACUUCUUUUCCUGUCUAUAACAAAUCAAUUGGUUUUGAUAAAGACAAUACUAUUAUCAGUUAAAACACAAGGUGUAUUCAAGAAUAUGUGAAGUAAUCUUGAGACGACGAUUGCUUUUUUGAUUGCGCUGUGUAUACAAUAAAUCAAAUCUUUGGGCGUUGCAUGUUAAAAUCCUUGGUUACCAACUAAAUAUCUAAAAAAAAAACUGCCGUGACGCGAUUUAGACUUUUUUUCUCUAUGCUUAGGGUAGCCAGGUAAACACACCCAUUCAACAUGGACGCAGCCCCCUUCACAUUGCUAUACAGGCUGGCAAGAUGGACGUGAUGAAAUAUCUUGUAGCCAAAGGCGCGGACGUAAACGUAAGUUGUUUACUAGAGUUCAUUUGCAAAGCUUUAGAAACAGUAAACGCAACAGCGACCACUUAUGGUUCUGUCUAAACAGCAAUGAUCUUAGUGUCGUGCCUUUGAUAGGGGGAUUAAUUCGGCGAUAAUUGAUAAGAAGUUACCCCGCCGAGAACUUUGAACAGUAUUUUGAAGUAAAAGAAAACACAAAUUGACGGAAAAAAUGAAACUUUUGAUCUUGUAAAUAGGGCAAUUAUUUUGUCAACAUGACUCUAAACAGACAAAAUUUCUUAAAGGCAAUUUCUUAUUCAAAUGCACUGUUAACUACGGCAGGAGCCAUAGAUUCAAAUUGGUUCCUAUCAGUUCACGUUAGCUUUCAAAGGAACAUUUAACGACUUACAAUCUAUGUCUAUCACCGACGAUCAGUGAUUAAUUAAUUAUAGAUGUCACUAAAGUGAAAUAUGUUACCUAAUUACUGAUGCAUUAACUUGGAUGGAUGAAACAUAUAGCGUCACUGACGGAUGAAAUCCUUACUACAUUUCUGUCAAACAUUUUUUUUCACCUAGGCUCUUUUAAAAACAUAUUGUAUUUCUUGGAGAUUCCUGGGAUAAACAGGACCUAACUCCUUACUUUUCAGCAUCAAAAUAAAUAAUGCAUUUAUUAUGAGACUUUGCUAAAAUCACGUUAUCAACUAAUAAACCAAGCGGGACACUUGGAUACCUUCCCGUAGUAACGUUCGUUUAGAGAAAGCUAUUGGGUCAGCUAUUUCUCUAUGAACCAUACAAUGAUAGAAUGCUAACAAAUCUUUCAACUAUGCCAUGAUACUAAAAAGAGGCACAGUACUUUCAAAGCAUAUUUUAAAUGACGUUUAGUAGUUACAGCAGUGAGCUCUCUUUGCUAAGUCUAACACUCUAGGAGAGUUGGACCCUAAAGUUAGAAAUAAAGGAAUGAAACUCAGCUGAGAUCAUCCGUUCGCCUUAGGGUGGUGAAUGCUGUAUGAAGAGUCUUGGUACAAAAAGACACCACACAAAUGAGUCUUAGAGGGCACCGCGUGACUUUGAUGUUCGCUUUAUUACAGAAAGAUUAAUUAUAGACAAACCCCUGACCAGAUAAAACUCGGCUCACACUAGAAAACCAAUGAUGUCUACCUAAGAGGGCUUAAGACAAGAGAGAGGGUCCCCAAUAGCUUUCUUCAAUCCCGUAAUCCCGACCCAAAAUUUCGGGCACUCCCGUAACCCCGAGGGUCAUUUUUGGUAUUCCACCUCCCGCGCAUUCGUUCAAUCUCAAAUCCCGCUUUUCAAGUAAGGACAAUCCCAAAUCCCGAGCUUCAAAUAAGGGAAAUCCCGGAUCCCGAAAAAACUAUCGGGGACACUCAAGAGAGAGUGAACCACUGAUGUUACCUUAGAGCGGUGUUCACUCCACAGAGCUUAGACAUAGGCAAACAAACGAAACUCAGCGGAGGCUAAAGGGAUUUUCGUAUGACCUUGAAAUGGAAACGCGCGAACAAAACAAAAACAACAAAUGAACUGAAAUAGAGCGAUUUGAUUGGUUUAUCCAACAAAUACAAACGCGCGUGGUUCGGGUGAAAAAACUUCAUGCCCGAGAACUUUCUAAAAGUAAAUCGAUAUUUCGCUUUGACGUCAUACUGCAACAUAACUGGCCAAUCGAACAAUGGCCUGUCCAUAUUAGGGUUUUGGCGGGAAAACGAAGAGUCCAUGUUUUGAUCUUUUCAUCCAUUGGCUGAUAAAACAAAUAACGAACGAUUACCGAAACCAUGUUUCAAGGUCAUACGAAAAUCGCUCUGUCCAACCGCGGAUAUUGGCCCUAGAAAGGUGUCCGUCUAAUAGACAGCGUCUGACACGUGACAGUAGGAAUAAUAAUACGUCGACAUUUAAUUAAGAUCCUUCUCAAUAUAUGCGGGAUUAGCUUGAAAUGAGGCGAUGCUUCUGUUUGCUAUUGGGUGAAUUUAAAGGUCAAUAUUCUCAUUGACAAUAAAGCUUUAAUUAUUUUGCAGCUAUCUGACGAAGAUGACUGCUCACCUCUAUAUUACGCAGUGCUGGACAAUAACGAAGAGGUUGUUCAAUAUUUGCUUCAAAUGGUGAGUUUGCAAUAACUGUAAUGAGGAGGAACCCUAAAUAGGGGAAAUCAAGUUUUAUUUUGAUGCUCAAGAACUACAGAUGUCUAGGGCGCGUGGUGGGUGCUUCCAAGAUAUAAAAAUCUUAUUUAAGCUAUGUGUUCCGAACAGUUACCGUUAGCCGCGGCAACAAAUAUUAAGGUUUAUUUCCCGAUUCGUCGGCUCAAAACUGUUAAAAAUACUCGCGCGGAUAAAACCUGAAUUUUGACAUAUUUUACUUCUCAGGGCGCAGACCCUGAUGGUGAAGAUCCGGAUGGCAAUAAAUUUAUGAACAUCACCAGCAACGAGAAGAUAAAAAGCAUGUUGAAGAACGUUUAGAGUUUCAUGAGGGAUAUUCGCAAUAGAGCAACUUGUAAACAAAAACUGAACUGUUCGCACCUUGUGACAUUAGGUCUUAACGUCAUGAAGGUCUAGAAAAUCGUGAUGUCUUCUGUAACAGUUGGUAGAUAAACUUAUACUGUUACGCUACGAUGUAACAAAGUUAUUUAAAAAAACCAUUAUGUAUUUCAUAGCAGUGGGUUUUUAAUUAAAACAGAGCAGCUGGUAAACAGUAACAGCAUAUACAGCAUAGUUUCUUGAAGG